AUGACCUCCAAUGAAGAAAACUUCGAGGAUGCAGUUGAAUACCUUGAUGAUGAGGACGACAUGACCUCCAGUGCACUGGGAGCUCUAGGGAAUCGUUAUGGCAACAAAGCGAUGAAAACUGGAAUUGGACGUUAUCCUGGGGCUCAGCUCGGUCUUGGGGGUUACAGAUCUCAUGGAUUAGGAGGAAGAGCAGGCCUGAGACAAGGUGGAUAUGGAGCCCAGGGAGCUUAUGGUGCCAGCCUGGGCACAGGAAUGGGUCUGGGGACUGGACUUACUAAUGGAAUGGGACUGGGCUUGGGCCAGGGAGGGAAACGAGUUUAUGGUGCUGGCCUCGGCACUCUGCCAGGAUAUGGGGCUGUGGCUGGCAUGGGCUAUCCUGGAGCCCGACCAGGAAUUGGACUUGGGUAUCCCACUGGACAGAGGGCUGAGGAACAAGUACCCGGUGUGUCUGCAGCAGAUUUGGGUGGAGCAGAGCUGGCCAGUCUGGGCCAGGCUAUUCAAGAUCUGAUGAGAGAAAAGGGCAGAGCACUUGCUCUCUUGAAGGGGAAAGGAGACAAAGGUCUUGUUCCUGAAACACCAGUUGGAGGUGGCAGUAUUCUUGGUCCUACUGCACCUGAGUUACUUGCAGGAGGAGAUGUCCCAAGCUUUGAACCGUUAGUAAAGUCAUCAAGUCUUGGAUCCACAAUCCCUCUUGAUAAACCGAGUAAAAAUCUUGGUCUUGCUGCUUCACAAGCACGAGGAGGAGAGAGUCAUGACCCUAUGGUCUUGAAAAGAAAGAGCACCACAGGCCAAGGAGUCAUACUGGCAGCUGGAGGAGUAAGACAGCAGCUACCUCUGAAACAAGACAACACCAGAAACCCAGUCUAUGCCUCCUCUCAGGCACAGAGUGCUGGAGAUUAUGAUUCAUUGAUUCAACAAAAUCAGCGAACCCCAAAUUGUGGAUCCACUCGUGAUUUGUCAGAGAUAUCAGAAGUCAAUCACCAUGAGAUUUUGGGAUCAGAAAGGACUCAAGGUUUUGUGCCCCAGCUUCACUUUGGUAAAGGCAACAAACAUCUUGGACAUGCAGCUCCACAAGCACAAAGAGAGAAAGCCUAUCCACUGCCUCAAGAUCUCACAGGUUAUACUGGUGGAGCGGGAAACUACCUUGGCCCUGGAGGCUACGGAACAGGUUUGGGGCAGGGAGCAUACCUGGGUGGUGCGGCUGGCAAACUUGGAGCUGCCGCUGCGCUCGGACAGGGCGGGUAUCCUCAAGGUGCUGCAGGCUAUGGUGACGGAGCAACAGGGCUGCUGGGUGCUGUAGCAGGAAAUGGCUAUGGUGGAGACGCUGCAAAAGCUCUGGCUGCAGGUUACGGGAAUGGUUAUAGCGACGGUUAUGGAGCUGGGCUUGGUUACCCAGCAGACUUAGCUGAUGGGGCUGAGAACAAAGCAGGGAAGAGUAAAGCCCUCAGCACAGGAGGCUACGCUGGGCAGGCACAGGGGGCAUAUGGAGCAGGAGCUGCUCAGGUUCCUUAUGGGAAUGCUCCAGUGAUUCCUACUGGACUGGAAGGUGAAGGGGGGUACCCGUACGGCGCUCAGUCACUCAGCCUCAGUGCUGAAGGUGCUAAAGCCACCAACAAAUAUGGUUAUGGUGCACAUCUGGGAGCGACUCAAGAUGCUAUGGGAGAGCAGGCUGGCAAAUAUGGUGGAGUUAACGGUGCCAUUGGAAAUGGAUACAAAGGCUAAUUCAAAUGACCUGAACCUCUUCAAGUGGAUCAUUUCCCUGAUGUGUUCACUGUAAUCUGUUCUAAAAGCUUUUUGUGUGUGUGUUCAGUCCAUUUUGUCCUGUCCUGUUGUCAGUUUUGUCCUUGUUUUAUCCUCUUCGUCUUUUCUCUGUAAGGGGACUUUGUUACCCGUGUCUGUUUGUCACUCUGGUCCAGAACCUGCAGUGCCCCACCUGUCUCAUUCUUUUAAUGCUGAAAAAAAUGGUGGUGAACAUAAACAAGAAAGACAUUUAUGUUUUGAGAUGAAUGUUUAAAUGAAUGUUUUAAUCAAAUAAAUUAUAUGUCCAGUGAUGCUGAAUUGAAGCUUCAAACAUUUGGUUUGUUUACCUGAACACUUUGUUCCUCUUAAAUCGCAUCAUCAAAGCCUCAUUUGCACACAGGAAGUUUUACCACUUCCUGUCUCAUGUUGGGCAGCACUGUCUGAGAUAAAGUGAACACCAGCACUCAAAUUGAAACUUAGUAAGAAGUAAGAAGAUGAGACAUGGAAUACAACAAGCAGUACAGAUAUGAUGCUUUUAUUGUGGAUAAAUGAAGAUCAAAUAGGCACAAUGAAUCACAAAUGCAUACAGUAUAUUGAUAAGAAAUAAAAAUGUAUUGUCUGCCACA